AUGGAUCAUUCAGAUACUGACGACUAUAAAAAAUGUAAUCAUGCCAAUAAUUCGGACAUAGUUUUAAUCGACGAAGUAAAAAUUAAUUCCAUGUUACAAAAUAUCGUUACGGGUAAUGUGGCUAGAAAGGAUAUUGAAAAUGUGGCUUUUACUACAGAUAGUAAAAAAUGUAAUCAUUCAAAUGAUGGGGUUUCUUCAAGUGUAAUUAACAUUGAUUUAGAGCCACAAAACACUUUACCAAAAGAGGUGCUAAUGCAAGACACCUUCUCGAAUGCCAAUGAAACUGACCCUGAUAAUAAUGAAGAUUUUUCCGGGACUGAUGGAUCUGAAUAUGAACCAACGAAAAAAAGCGUCCAAGAAAAAUACUUUUAG